CAAAUACUCCUUAAUAUUCUUGCGGUCACCCCAUUUUAAUUUUAAGUGAUUCGAGUUCUACACCUUGGGUUUUUACAAGCUUCUCGGUCUCUGCAAAAGAAAGCUUCCAUCACAAUUCACACAGCCGAAAUGAAGCCCAACCACAGCAGUUCUCCGCAUCAACUAGAUCCGCCAUUGCCACAGUCGCCUACACCCCACCAUCACCAACACGGCAGCGCGAGUACCUGCAUCAACUGCGGUGGCCCCACCUCUUACCCAUGUCCACCUCCAUCGGAUAACCCUACCUACAUCCCCAUUCGUGCUCCCGCUGUUAACCUCCUCCCUGCCAACACUAAGGAAACCAUCAUUCUUACCCCAGUCCCGCUAUCCCAAAAGGUGGUUCCCCUUUCCCCUCCCUACGAAUUUCAAACUCCUACGAAAAGAAUCCAGUCUCAGAUCGAUAUCGAUCAUUUCCACUCCUCCGAGACUUGUAGGAACUUCUUAGGCUUCGUAGUGGCCCUCUCGGAAUCUAUUCGCUCCCACAAGCUAUCAGAUCCAUGCCCCGUGUCCAACGAGGUAUCCGCUCUUCUUUCGAUCAUCCAAACCUUGAUUUCUUAUGUCGAUGAGAUCCCUCCUGCGCCUCAGUCUUCCCGGUACGGGAAUAUAGCUUAUCGAACCUGGCACGAGCGUAUAUGUUUGGACGCUAAAUCAUUAAUGAUUCAAUUCCUCCCCCAGGAGCUCCAUUCGGCCACUGUCGAGCUUGUUCCUUACCUCGCUGAUAGUUUCGGCAACGCUAGCCGGAUAGAUUAUGGAACGGGACAUGAAACAAAUUUUGCAGCUUGGCUGUAUUGUUUAGCAAGAUUAGGUGUUGUGAAAGAAUAUGAUUAUCAAGCUCUGGUUGCUAGGGUUUUUGUAAAGUACUUGGAGCUUAUGAGGAAAUUGCAAAUGACCUAUAAUCUUGAACCUGCUGGAUCCCAUGGCGUAUGGGGUCUGGAUGACUAUCACUUCUUGCCAUUUAUCUUUGGGUCCUCACAAUUAAUUGAUCACAAGUACAUGAAGCCAAAGUCGAUUCACAAUCAAGAUAUUCUGGAGAACUUUUCAAAUGAGUACCUGUAUCUCUCAUGCAUUUCUUUUAUAAAAAAAGUGAAGAAGGGGUUGUUUGCAGAACAUUCUCCAAUGUUGGAUGACAUCAGCGGUGUGCCGAGUUGGAAUAAAGUUAAUAGUGGGUUGCUUAAAAUGUAUAAGAUUGAAGUCUUGCAGAAGGUUCCUAUCAUGCAGCACUUCCUUUUUGGGUCCAUUAUCAAUUGGGAAUGAGUUCGCCAUGUGGAAUGGGAUUAAACUAAAGCAUUAUCUACUUUAUAGCAGGAAGGAAUAGGAUUUUGAGGUCUUUUGCAUCAUCUGUAUCGAGAUUAUAUGCUACCUUUCUUUUUAAACUAAAGCAUUAUCUACUUUAUAUGUUACCUUUGUUUUUGCACUACCGAGUAUUUACUACCGCA